AUGGAAAGGGGCACAAGAAAAUUUAAGACCCACACCACAACUUUGUGCAAGAAAAAGAAAUGGUCUUCUGUGUCUGAAAAAAGACCUCAGAAAUGGCCCUCUCAACACUUGGAGAGCAAGCAGCCUCAGGUGUCUGUGCUGGGGAAGAGGAAGAGGAAGUCCCAAAAACCAGCCCAAGAGAGCUUGGAGAGUGAGUGGCCUCAAAAAGCUAAGAGGAAGAAGAGAAGGAGGGAAUUCCAGAUACCAGCCCAGGAGAGCUUGGAGAGCGAGCAGCCUCCAGUGUCCAUGCUGGGGAAGAGGAGGAGGGAGUCUCAGACAUCAGCCCAGGAGAACUUGGAGAGCCAGCAACCUCGGAAAGCCAAGAGGAAGAAGAAGAAAAAGAAGGAGUCCCAGGAGCUUACUUCUUCCCUUCUGAAAAAUUCAGAAACCUUCCAUAAAGCUAAGAAGACCAUUUCUGCCCACAAAAAGAAAAAGAAUAGUGUUUGGGAGGUGGAUGUGGAAACUGGAGUCAUCCUUGUAGAUAAGGAGAACAUGGAGAACCUGCUACAGACUUCUAGAAAGGAUGUGGAUAUUGUUUAUGUUGAUAUGAGCAAGGGACAAAGGUCAGCCAGAGUGGAUGAAACAGAAGAGCUGCCCACUGCUGCACCCAAGGAGCAUGACUGGCGAGAGCUGCACAGUGAUGUCAGGAGCAAAAAGAAUCAAAAGCACCCCCAGAAAGGUGUGCCCUGGGAUGCUGUCCAGGGAAGCCAGCCUGAGAGUAUUUCCCUGUCCCAGUCAGAGUCCUUGUCUUCUGUGGAUCUAGAAGGCAGAAGCACAAAAGCAGCAGUGUUUUGUAAAAAGAAGUCUAAAAAAACAGUGUUCAGGAACCAGGAAUUGGAGACCGUCCCCGCGAGUCUUGAUAGCUCGGAGACUAUCUCUGAGAGUCUUGAUAGUACACACCAUGGAGGAGUAGUUGGGCCUGGAGAAGAAGGUGAGAGCAUCAAAGAAUCCCACAGUAUCGAGAAAAAGUCCAAGAAAAAGAAGCACACAUCCAUUGCUCUUGCCACCUCUAGUGACAGUGUCUCGGUGCUAGACAGCAAGACUGAGAAUGCCCUCAUGGACACAUCAGAAGGUAGUGGUACUAUGAGGGAAGAGGAAGUGGACCACAGCCCAACAGAGGCAGAAGCCCAGGCUUGUUCCACCAAGAAGCACAGGGAAGAGAUGCAGAGGUUAGAACCUACCCGUGAAGAAGAAAGCAGUUUGGAAUCAGCUAGCAAUUCUGCAACAAGAUAUGUAUCUGAGGACAGGAGAGAAUCUGAGGAGUCGGAUGUGGAUUUGGGCUCUGCAGUGAGACAGCUCCAAGAGUUCAUUCCUGACAUACAAGAAAGGGCAGCCACCACGAUCAGAUGCAUGUAUAGAGAUGACCUAGGGAGCUUCAAAGAAUUUAAGGCACAAGGUGUGGCUAUUAGAUUUGGCAAGUUUUCUGCUAAAGAAAAUAAACAAAUAGAGAAAAAUGUGCAAGAUUUCCUGUCCCUGACUGGAAUUGAGAGUGCGGACAAGCUGCUGUACACGGACAGAUACCCAGAGGAGAAGUCUCUGAUCACCAACCUAAAACGGAAGCAUGCCUUCAGACUGCACAUGAAGGGCAUCGCUCGGCCCUGGAAGCUUGUGUACUAUCGUGUAAAGAAGAUACUUGAUGUGAAUAACUACAAAGGCAGGUACAAUGAAGAAGAUACUAAGAAGCUGAAGGCCUACCAUUCCCUCCAUGGAAAUGACUGGAAAAAGAUUGGGGCCAUGGUAGCCCGAAGUAGCCUCUCAGUUGCCCUCAAGUUCUCUCAGAUUGGUGGUGAUAGAAACCAUGGUGCUUGGAGUAAGGCAGAAACCCAGAGGCUAAUCAAGGCUGUGGAGGACGUGAUCCUAAAGAAGAUGUCUCCCCAGGAGUUAAGAGAACUAGAUUCUCGACUCCAGGAAGACCCUGAAGGUCGCCUGUCCAUUGUCCGGGAAAAACUCUACAAGGGCAUAUCGUGGGUGGAAGUGGAAGCCAGAGUGGAGACCCGGAACUGGAUGCAGUGCAAAAGUAAGUGGACAGAGAUUCUUACCAAAAGGAUGACCCAUGGUGGGUUCGUGUACCGUGGGGUCAAUGCUCUACACGCCAAAAUCACCCUUAUUGAAAGGUUGUACGAACUAAAUGUGAAUGAUGCUAAUGAAAUAGAUUGGGAAGAUCUUGCUGGUGCCAUAGGGGAUGUCCCUCCACCUUUUGUUCAGGCAAAAUUUUAUAAGCUGAAAGCUGCCUGCGUUCCCUUUUGGCAGAAAAAGACUUUUCCAAAAAUCAUUGGUUACUUAUAUGAGCACAGUCUGCCUUUGCUGAAAGAAAAGUUAAACAAGAAGAUGGAGAAAAAAGAUCAGAUCCAAACGCCCUCUGCUCCCAAACAAGAUUUCCUGUUCAAAGACAUCUUUCAUUGUGAUGAUGACAGCGAUGAAGGGGGCUCAGAGGAGCCCAGCUCCUCUGAUGUGCAGUGACUGGAUCUUCUCUUCCCUCACACUGCUCUCUGCUCCCUUGG